AUGGGUCCAAGUAUCGAAAGCCUGUCCACCACGACUCUUACGCCACGGCAUGUCGAUGACGAUUUCGACAUUUGGAGUCCCACCCUUCCCAAGGACGAAGAGAAGUGUUCAGCAAGCCUACCACGGAUCCCACGUCGACAGGCUAGUAUGGAGUGCGACUUUGCAGAGUACGAAGAAGAGUCCAAGAAAGAAACAAGCCCACGACUUCCUCGAAGAAAGCUCAGCAAGCAUGAUCUCCUCGACGACGACGACGAUGACUCGUGGACAGACUUCCUUCCAAUGACGAUGCCAGAGCGAAAGCAUUCGUCCGAACAGCUUGGCCGGCGCCCUCAUCGUCAUAGUUGUCCUGGGGUUCAUGAUGGCUUGAACAACCACUUUCAGUACAUCAGCGACCCUGAUGCUGGAGGGAGUCGCCCCAAGAUGCCGCAAAGAUUCAAGAGCAUUCGCAAGUUGGCGGAGUCGGGCUUGACCCCGCCAAGAAGGCAACGAGCUGCAUCUGGGCAUUUGUGA